CAGGAAACAAUGCGAGGGCCAGCUCUGUUACGAUUUCUCCCGAAUGGAAAACUUCCUGAGCGAGGACACGUUGAAAUCGGCGCUGGGAGUGGGAAACGACAUCGAAUUCGUCUCCUGCAGCAGCGAGGUGUACGACGCGAUGAUGGGGGACUGGAUGCUCGAUUUCGAGGUCGGGAUCCCGGCGUUGUUGGAGAGCGGGAUCAAGGUGCUGAUCUACGCCGGCGAGUACGACCUGAUCUGUAAUUGGCUGGGGAACUCCAACUGGGUCGACGGGAUGAAGUGGUCGGGGCAGAGGAAAUUUCAGGCGGCGGCCAGCGUGCCGUUCGUGGUGGCGGGAAAUUCGAAAUCGGCGGGGGAGGUGAACUGGUGAAGAGCUAUGGGCCGCUGGGCUUUUUGAAGGUGUACGAUGCGGGCCACAUGGUGCCCAUGGACCAGCCCAAGGCCGCGCUGCAGAUGCUGGAAGGGUGGAUGCAGGGGAAGCUUUGAAUUUGACCAAUCCUUUUGCAAAGCAAAAAAAGAGUUAAAUCUUCUUUGAGGAUGGGAUUUGCAUAUGUGAAUUAUUAUUAGAUUGUGUUGAUAUUUCAAUCAUGAUGAAAUUGAUGUGAUUUUUAAAAAAUAAAUUGAGGUAUGUGUAAUUAAUAAAAAAAAUAAUAUUGUUUGUGGUUAAAUGGGGAUAUUAUGUUGCUUUAACUUUCACAUUCUCGGAUUAACAGACACAUGACUUAUACUAUUUUUAAUUAAUAUGGGACAAUGGAUUGCGAAGAAUUUAAAAUGAAACAACAUAGGAAGAUAGAUUGAAGCGGUGCGAGAAGGGGAAUAAUAAUGUCGUAGUAUGCUCGAGCUUGGAUCAAUACCGUAUUAAGCCAUUUGAGUGGCGCAAAAGGGGGAAAAACCUUCAAAUCAAAGUUGAGUUAGAAGUUGACUACAAAGAAAGAAUUGUUAUGAAACAAAGAUAAGGAGUCAAUUAAUUACAUGACGAUAACAAGAAUAUCAUAAUUCACAUGAAAGCAAUUAGAAGAUGAAAAAUAAAUACAAACAAAAAAUGAAAUUCAAGAAGGGGAUAAGUAGAGUAUAACUAGAAUGAGGUAUGGACGACGUAUGAAUUUCCCUUGUAAUUUGGCACGUUAAAAAGAAUAGAUAAUUUCAGUGACCAUUAAGGUAAUUCAUCAUGUUUAGGGUUUCGUAGCUUAGGAAGAAAAAACGGCACCGUAUAGCUGCGCGUCGUAUAUUUGGCGCUUCAGUUCCCGCGCGUUAGUAGGGGUGAUAAACGGUUAGUCGGUUAUCGGUUAAAACCGAUAACCGAACCGAUAAAGUCUGUUAGUGGUUAACCGAUAAUCGCUACUUCCUUAUUGAUUUCGAUUUCGGUUAGUAGUAUUUUGGUUAGUGGUUAACCGCUAACCGAUUAAUCGGUUAGAAGUUAACCGAUAAGAAAACCGAUAACCGCCUACUAAUGUGACUACAUGGUUUUUUACUUUGGCUAAGGGGAAAAGUUGUAAGAUUCAAAACCAAUCAAAGUUGCAAUUCCAAACAUCUCAAUUCUCACCUAUUGCAAACAACCCUCCAUCAAGAGUCUCAAAUGUUUUUAAGAGUUAGAACUUGAAAGUCACCUCUCUCUAAAUCCCCUUUGCACUCGAUAGAGUGAACCAUAGGUUGAUGACUAUGGGCUAGCUGAAGAUCUUGGAGUAAAUGAUGACUAUGGGCUAGAUGAAUUGGAGCGAGAUCCUCGGAUCAUUUAGGUUGAUGAUUUGGAGAUAAUGAACUUGUUAUUUGUGU